AGAUGCAUAUAUUGAGAGAGAGAGAGAGAGAGAGAGAGAGAGAGUAUGGAUAAAAUGGAGAAAAAAGGUGAAGUGGUGUUGUAUGGGACAUGGGGUAGCGCUUAUUGCACUAGAGUUGCUUUGGCCCUUAAACUUAAGGGCAUAACCUAUGAUUACAUAGAGGAAGAUUUAACAAACAAGAGUGAAUUGCUAUUGCAAUACAACCCUGUUCACAAGAAGGUACCUGUAUUGGUUCACAAAGGUAAACCCAUUGUUGAGUCGCUUCUCAUUCUUGAAUACAUAGAUGAGUUCUGGUACAACACCCCCAAGCUAUUCCCAGAGGAUCCCCAUGACAGAGCCAUGCUUCGCUUCUGGGCCAAUUUUUAUGAUCAAAAGCUAUUUCCAAGUACCUUCCCUAUCAUCAAGUCCUCUGGAAAAGAGCAAGAAAAAGCCAUACAAGACUUCUCCGAGUUGCUGAAGGUGCUUGAGGAAGGACUCGAGAAGGAUUUUCCAGGAAAAUCCCCUUUCCUUAAUGGUGAGACCAUCGGAUAUCUUGGGAUCGUGGUGGGAUCGAGUGCUUGCAACUUUGACGCUUUUCAUGAAGCAGUCGCCGUGGUUGUUGAUUCACAGAAGCACCCUGCUUUCACAUCAUGGGUGGCCACUCUAAAAGACCACCCUCUGAUGAAGGAGACGCUCCCAGAUCAUCACAAACUGGUUGCCAAGAUGAGAGAGAAGUACUUCCAGUCUCCUCAAGUUUGAUUGCCAGAGAGCACUAUAUACAAAUAAGAGAAUGCUCAUGAACUUGGUUUCACAAAAUAUGUAGGCGUUGGAAAAACCUUCUAUUUUCAUUUUCAGACUAUAAAUAACUGAAGGAUAAUGUCAAUCCUAUGGCAAAUUAGUUAUGCACUUACAUUGAAAAUAAUACAUGAUAUGUUCACUUUUUAUAACCUAAAACCAGGCCGAGCAAGCCUGGUGAACUUUUUCCAAACCCAAGCUCGUAUUCUGAGUGGCCCGGCCUGGGUUGGGAUUGGGCGUGAAGCCUAGCCCUGCCAGGCUCGCUUGGCAUGAGAAUGUAUAUAAUCAAAUGUUUUUGAGA